GACCACAGAACAAAACAUAUUCACUUUGUUGACUUCACAAAGAGUAAACACACAAAAACAAAAACAAAAUGGCCGCUAAGUUUGUUGUUUUCUUCGCCGCUUUGGCCGCUGUCAAUGCCGGAGGUAUUGCUCCAUUGGGAUACUCUGCUGGUAUUGCCGCCCCCUUGGCUUACUCUGCUGGUCUCCAUGCUUCUCCAUUAGCUUAUGGAGCUGGUUAUGCUCAUGCUGCUCCAUUGGCGUAUUCAGCUGGUAUCCAUGCCCCUGUUGCUUCUCCAUUGGCUUACUCUGCUGGUUAUGCUCAUGCCGCCCCCGUUGCCGCCUAUGCUGCCGCCCCAGUUGUUGCUAAGACCAUCGCUGCCCCAGCUUACUCCAGCUCUUACCGUCAUCAAAUCUCUCGUUCGGCUAUUGCUGCCCCAAUUGCCGCCCCCAUUGCUGCUGCCCCAAUUGCUGCUUAUUCUGCUGGUAUCCAUGCUCCAGUCGCCGCCUACUCUGCUGGUUAUGCCCAUGCUGCUCCAUUGGCUUACUCUGCUGGUAUCCACGCCCCAAUUGCCGCCCCAUUGGCUUAUUCCGGUCUCCAGCUUCUUAAUAAUGGUGAGCGUAUCCAAGAGCUGGGGCAGCAUAAGCACCAUGGAGACCAGAGUAAGCCAAUGGGGAAGCAAGACCAGCUCCAUAAGCCAAUGGAGAAGCAUGAAGACCAGCAGAAUAGGCAACUGGAGCAGCAUGAGCAUAACCAGCUCCGUAAGCUAAUGGAGAGGCAAUUGGAGCGUGGAUGCCAGCUGAAUACGCCAAUGGAGAAGCAUGGCUGGAGCAGCAUAUCCGUAAGCUGGGCUAGCAAUCGAUUUGGUAACAGUCGAAUAAGAAGAAACAGCUGGAGCGAUGGUCUUAGCAACAACUGGAGCGUGGGCAAUUGGAGCGGAUUUGUUGUUUUCUUCGCCGCUUUGGCCUGUGUCAACGCUGGAGGCAUUGCUUCCUUGGGAUACUCUGCCGGUAUCGCCGCCCCCUUGGGUUACGCCGGUUAUGGCCACGCCCCUGUGGCUUAUUCCGGCUACGCCGCUGCUCCAGUUGUAGCUAAGACUGCUUACGCUGCCGCACCAGUUGCCUACUCUGCUGGUUACUCUCAUGCUCCAGUUGCUGCCUACUCUGGUUAUGCUCAUGCUGCUCCAGUCGCCACCUAUGCUGCUGCUCCAGUCGUAGCUAAGUCCAUCGCUCCAGUCGCUGCUUACUCCGCUGGUUAUGCGCAUGCUCCAGCUGUCACUUCUUAUUCCACUGUGACUAAAUCCAUCGCUGCUCCAGUUGCCUACUCUGGUUACGCCCAUGCUCCAGUGGCUGCCUACUCUGCUGGUUACGCUCACGCUGCUCCAGUCGCUGCUUACUCUAGCUACGCAGCGCCAGCUAUCGCCAAGACUAUCGCACCAGUCGCCGCUUACUCCGCUGGGUAUGCUCAUGCUGCUCCAGUUGCCUACUCUCAUGGUGCUUACGCCGCGCCAGCUCUUGGCUACGCUCAUCAUUAUUAAACGAAAACAACGAACUUAACCUCUAUGCACAACACUAGCCACACAACGUCAUACUGUUUUAUUUAAUUAAAAAACAGUAAAUAUGGCGUAAGUUAUUAAUUCUGAACCAUAAUAUCACUUAUAUUUAUUUGUAUAUUUUUGUUACCACAAUGUAUAUAUUAU